AUGAAGCUCUCCACCGGCCUGCUGGCGGCGAGCCUGGCGUCCCAGGCGCUGGGCGCCGCCGUCUCUGCUGGCAAGCCCACGGACAUGAUCAAGCCGUACAAGCGCGAAGCUCUGCAGGACAUCGUCACUUGGGACGAGCACUCCAUCUUCGUCAACGGCGAGCGCAUCAUCUUCCUCAGCGGCGAGUACCACCCGUUCAGACUUCCGGUCCCUUCGCUGUGGCUCGAUGUUUUUCACAAGAUCAAGGCCCUGGGCUUCAGCGGUGUAUCGUUUUACGUCGACUGGGCUCUGCUGGAGGGCACUCCCGGCGAAUUCACCGCCGAAGGCGUCUUCGCCUGGGAGCCGUUCUUCGAUGCUGCUAAAGAGGCUGGCAUUUACCUGCUUGCUCGGCCUGGCCCGUACAUCAAUGCUGAGGUCUCUGGCGGCGGUUUCCCCGGUUGGCUCCAGCGCGUCAAUGGCACGCUGCGGACUGACGACGAGGCCUACAUCAACUCGACCGCCAACUACGCCAAGAACAUUGGCGAGAUCAUUGCCAAAGCCCAGAUCACCAACGGCGGUCCUAUCAUUCUCUUCCAGCCGGAGAACGAGUACACGGGUGCGGUUGAGGGCGUCGAGUUCCCCAACGAGAACUACUGGGCUAUUGUCGAGAAACAGUUCCGUGACACUGGCAUUGUGGUCCCCUACAUCAACAACGACGCUUCGGCCAAGGGAUACUUCGCGCCCGGAUCCAACUGGACCCCGCAGGUUGAUAUCUACGGUCACGAUGGCUACCCGCUUGGAUUUGACUGCGCCAACCCCUAUACUUGGCCGGAUGGAGGUUUGCCCCAGACCUGGAGGGAGUUGCAUGAGGAACAGAGUCCCAGCACUCCUUACGCGCUGGUUGAGUUCCAAGGCGGUUCUUUCGACCCUUGGGGUGGCCUUGGUUUCGACCAGUGUUCUGUCCUGCUCAACCACGAGUUCGAGCGUGUCUUCUACAAGAAUCUCCAGAGCUUCGGUGCUACCAUCAUGAACUUUUACAUGAUCUUCGGCGGCACCAACUGGGGAAACCUUGGCCAUCCUGGUGGCUACACCUCGUACGACUACGGUUCGGUCAUCAGGGAGACGCGUGAGAUUGACCGCGAGAAGUACAGCGAGCUUAAGCUACAGGGCAACUUCCUGAAAGCUUCUCCCGCUUACCUGACGGCCGUACCCGGCGAGGUUUCCAACGGCUCUUACGCCAGCACCACCGCCCUCGCCGUGACUCCGCUGCUGGGUAACGUCACGAACUUCUUCGUUGUCAGGCAUGCUGCCUACAACUCGUUGGAGUCUACUUCGUACACCAUCACCGUCCCGACCAGCAAGGGCGACCUUACCCUGCCGCAGCUGAAUGGCACCCUGACCCUGAACGGCCGCGACUCGAAGGUGCACGUUACCGACUACGACGUGGGUGGAGAGAACCUGCUCUACUCGACCGCCGAGAUCUUCACCUGGCAGAAGUACGACGACAAGACGGUGCUCGUGGUCUACGGCGGCCCCAACGAAGCGCACGAACUGGCCUUCUCCAGCGGCAAGAACGCCACCCUCAUCGAGGGCUCGGGCGUGACCAUCACAGCCAAGAACGGCGCCACCAUCCUCCACUGGUCCGUCACGCCGACACGCAAGACGGUCAAGGUGGGCGAGAGCCUGUACCUUUACAUCCUCGACCGCAACUCGGCCUACAACUACUGGACGCACGACGACAUUGUCCUCAAGGCCGGCUACCUCAUCCGCAACGCCUCGGUCGACGGCAGCACGUUGUCCAUCGUGGGCGACCUCAACGCCACCACCACACUCGAAGUCAUCGGCGGCGCCCCCAGCGGCCUGACGUCCCUGACCUUCAACGGCGAGGACAUCGACUUCACCCAAUCCCCCACCACCGGCUCCGUCUCCGCCUCCCUCGCCUACACGCCCCCAGACAUCUCCCUUCCCGAUCUCUCCAGCCUGUCCUGGAAGUCCCUCGACACCCUCCCCGAGCUCUCGGCCGACUACGACGACAGCGCCUGGCCCGCCGCCGACCAACCCUACACCCUCAACACGCUCCGCCCGCUGACGACGCCGACGUCGCUCUACGCCGGCGACUACGGAUACCACUACGGCACGCUCUUGUUCCGGGGUCACUUCACCGCGACCGGCACCGAGUCGUCGCUGUACCUCUCGGCGCAGGGCGGCUUCGCCUCGGGCUUCUCCGUCUUCCUCGGAUCCACGCACCUCGGCUCCUGGACCGGCGCCGACUACGCCUCCAACGGCAACGUGACGCUCCCCAUCUCGGGCACGACGGCGGGCGAGCCGGCCGUCCUCACCGUCGUCCUCGACACGACGGGCAUCUCGGAGAACUGGGUGGUCGGGGCCGAAGAAGCCAAGCUGCCCCGCGGCAUCCUCGACUUCGCCAUCGAGGGCGGCGUCGCGGCGAGCGCGGUGAGCUGGAAGCUGACGGGCAACCUCGGCGGCGAAAAGUACGUCGACCACUCGCGCGGGCCCCUCAACGAGGGCGGCCUCUUCGCCGAGCGCGCCGGGUUUCACCUCCCCGGCGCGCCCACGACCGACGCCGCCCUCUGGGCCGACAGCACCGGCCCCGCGACGGACGGCCUCGCCGGCCCCGGCGCCAAGUGGUACGUCACCACCGUCGACCUCGACAUCCCCGCCGGUUGGGACGUGCCCGUUUCCUUCUCCUUCGCCAACGGCACGGCGACGAACGCGACUGCGACUGCGACGGCCAGCGCGUACCGCGCGCAGCUCUUCGUCAACGGCUGGCAGUUUGGCAAGUACAUCCACAACAUCGGCCCGCAAGACGUUUUCCCCGUCCCCGAGGGCAUCUGGGACUACCGCGGCAGCAACACCGUCGCCGUCAGCGUCUUCGGCCAGGAGGAGGCGGGCGUCGCGGUGGAGGGGCUGGAGCUGGUGCUGGGCGGGACGCCGGUGAAGACGGGGUUCGGGGCGGUUGAGGUGGUGAAGGGGGAGAGCUGGGGGGAGAGGGAGGGCGUGUAUUAG